AGAGCAUCCUCGGAGUAGCAGCUGCCGUUCGCUGAGCCCAGCAGAGCUGGCCAUGGCAUUGUCGAUGCCGCUUAACGGGCUGAAGGAGGAGGACAAAGAGCCUAUCAUCGAGCUCUUUGUCAAGGCUGGCAGUGAUGGUGAGAGCAUAGGAAACUGCCCCUUUUCCCAGAGGCUCUUCAUGAUUCUUUGGCUCAAAGGAGUUGUAUUUAGUGUCACAACUGUUGACCUGAAAAGGAAGCCUGCAGAUCUGCAGAACUUGGCUCCCGGGACCCACCCACCAUUUAUAACUUUCAACAAUGAAGUCAAAACGGAUGUAAAUAAGAUUGAGGAAUUUCUUGAAGAAGUCUUAUGCCCUCCUAAAUACUUAAAGCUUUCACCCAAACACCCAGAAUCAAAUACUGCUGGAAUGGAUAUCUUUGCCAAAUUCUCUGCAUAUAUCAAGAAUUCAAGACCAGAGGCAAAUGAAGCAUUGGAGAGAGGUCUCUUGAAAACACUGCAGAAACUAGAUGAAUAUCUGAAUUCUCCCCUCCCUGAUGAAAUUGAUGAGAAUAGUAUGGAGGACAUUAAGUUUUCCACACGUAAAUUUCUGGAUGGCAAUGAAAUGACGUUAGCUGAUUGCAACCUGCUGCCCAAACUGCACAUUGUCAAGGUGGUGGCCAAAAAAUAUCGCAACUUUGAUAUUCCAAAAGAAAUGACCGGCAUCUGGAGAUACUUAACUAAUGCUUAUAGCAGGGAUGAAUUUACCAAUACUUGUCCCAGUGAUAAGGAGGUGGAAAUAGCUUAUAGUGAUGUAGCCAAAAGACUCACCAAGUAAAGUAGCACUUAGGAGAGAGAUGUCUUCACAUCUUCCCCUAACAGAGUAUGCUUUUCCUAACAGACUGCUCCUCUUCUUAUAUAGUAGAAAUUUUAUUUUGCAUGAAUAUGCAGUUACUCAAGAUUAGGAUAAAAGGAUAGACAAGGUAUAGUAGCUGUCUUAAAAUAUACACUCCUAAGCAGUAUUAUUUUAAAAUUCUGUUGACCUGCCUACCUUCCCUACCCAUUCCUCCUCCUAAUUUGGAGACACUCCAUCACAAACUUUUCAGUUUAGAAGUAGUUUGCCAUCUCUCUGGAGCCCUCACCAUUAUGUCCAGUCACUGUUUAUAGGUGACAGGGCUUUUGAGGUGCAAUGUUUAACUAUUAAAAUAGUAGCCAUGAUUUCGUCAGUCAGCCCCAAAGUGGUGCAUAAUACAUGGUACAAGGAAUAUUUAUGUAUUUUUGGAAUUUUAUUAUAUUUAGAAAGAGUAUAUGGAAGGAUUGCUACUGUAUCAGAAAUACUCUGUUUCAAUUCCGUCUAUCCUGGAUAUGUGCUAAGGAAUAUUGCUACCAGAAAAGAGAGCCUUUACAAAAAGUCACUACAGAUUGUGCUCGUUUUGCUUUCUUAGAUAGAUUUUUAUUUUUGGCUGAGAGCAUCUAUCCUUUAUACCAGUUUUAACACCUGGCACUAUGAAUAAGUAAAAAGUUCUCAAGAUCUGACUCAAGCAUUUUAUCCGAGAGAAGCCAGUGGGCAACCUGAUAGGCUCUAUCUUCAUCUGUU